CCGCGCCAUCCAUCGACCGAACGCAUCUCCAGGCCAGCGAUUGCCCCACUAAUACCACUGCGCACUGUGGAUGCCUCGCCCGGAUCGCAUCAAUUCCAAGGGACAGUGCCGAUUGUAGCCAGUAUGGCGCCCAAGGAUAAACCACCGCGCGAAGCGUCCAUCGAACGCUCAACGGAAUACGAAGAAUUCUUGGAUGAACUCGAGAAAUACCACGAGUCCCGGGGUACCAUUCUGGACCGCGAACCUAAGAUCGGAAGCCGACACAUCGACUUAUUGCGCCUCUACAAACGUGUUAACGACGAAGGAGGAUACGACAAGGUCUCAGAUACCAAAGGCAACAAGCUUGCCUGGAGGAGACUGGCUGGCGAAUUUCUCCCUGGAAGCCCUAAUCUGACUACUCAGGCCUUCCUCGUCAAGACCGCAUAUUACAAGAACCUUGCUGCUUACGAGAUUGUGAACGUCCACAAGCGCGAGCCCCCGCCCAAGGAAAUUCUCGAAGACGUAUCAGCAAAAGGAGGUGAUUUGUUGACCCGGACGGUCGAAAACUACAUGCGACCCACCAGCAGAGAGACCGAAAGGCUGAGGAAUGGUGAAUACGACACGGACGAAUCGGAUGAAGAGGGCGAGAAAAAGACACCACACGACGACAAAAUGGAUCUGGACGAUGCUGGAAGCCUCAGCCGUUCUACACGAUCACUCCGUCAUGCCCCACCACAGCGCGUCCUGUUCCAACCCGAGGUGAACUCGAGACGGGAAACUCGACAGUCGACCGGCAAUAUGAACUCGCCACAGCCCAAUGGAACAUAUAGCGCAAGUGGUGCAGCCGCAGCCAUAGCGAAUUACGAACCCCGCACAGCUGUACCUUCAACUAUGAAGCCCGUCACUACUCCAUCGAACAAUCCAGAUCAUUUCAACAUGUUGCGUAAGAAGAACAUAGCUUUGAGAAGGAAACGGCCCGUUCCAAUGAAGGGAAUGAUGCUUCCAGGAACCGGGUUUCCUGGACCCAACAUCUACAUUCGCGCGUUACAUGCACUGCGGUCAAAGGAGCCCGAAGAAGAGGCAUAUGCUCUACAUCACCUUGUCAAGAUCUCCCACGAGCGUGGUGACAAGUACCGUUUUGAUCAAUUCCCGGGCCUUGCUGAAGCACUCAUCGAAAAAAUCAUACAAGUGGCCUCAUUGUUCUACGACGUCACGUGGGAAGUUGCGUAUGCGGAGGAGGAUAUCGCUCGACCCUUUGCUCUCAACGGUCUCAGCAGCACUCCAGAUCUAUUGCGCCGUAUACGAGCACUCCAAAAACUUGACGUUAGAGACGACCUUUUGCCGGAAAACGAAGCCAAGAACCUCAAUAUGGUCAACGAAGCUGCGCUUAUCUUCCGAAACAUGGUCAUGCUUCAAGAGAAUGCAAUGUAUGCUUCAGCCAUAGCUGCAGUGAAAGAUCUCAUCGUAAUAGCGUUGAAUCUGCCCAACCAUCCUAGCGUAGUAGAGCUCCAGCAAUAUGCUCUCGAAAUUGGAGAGCAGUUGACGAAGUUCUGGUCUCUUGACGCUCAGAAUCCUCUUUAUCAGUCGAUACUCUCACAGGUCGAUUCGGAUGACAGGGGCAAAAUCAUCACCUCUUUACGAGCGCUCGGUCGUAUUGCAAUGAAUCUUGAAGUGCCAAACAGAUUAUCGGGGGUACCCAAAAAGACUCUACAGUCAUUGUAUGAGUGGCUGCUAGUUGAAGAUGAAGAAUUGCGCCUCGCAUGUCUCGAUUUCCUUUACCUGUACACGGGCUUCACUGACAACGUCGAGCGUCUCACCAAAGAAAUAGACAUCGAAAGCCUCGUCAAUCAGAUUGUUCGACUUCUGCAAUUCGGCUCUCAAACUUACGAGGAACGUCGGAAUAAUCCCAAGGUCUCGAAAUCCAUAUCGCAUACAAGCGAAGCGCCGAGACUGUCUUCUGCUAUCCUUGAACAACUAGUAAUGCUGGAAGAGCCAGAGCGAAGUUCGCAAUGGCUAAGGACAUGUUUCGAGGAAGACCCAGCCGGAGAGAUCACCCAAAUAGACCUAUGGCAAGCAUACAAUGCUGCGUUCAAAGGAAAGCUGGCGUCCACUAUGGACAUCAAACCGCUCAUGGCAGCAAAAGACUUCAUCACGAAUGUGUCUACAACUUUCAGCAAUGCUUCUGCACAGGUUCUCACUGGCAGCAAUGGACAAGCCAAGUAUACCAUUCGCGGUAUCAGAUCGCGAUCAGUUCCCGUCGAUCCUUCGACGAGAAAGCAGUACAUGCGGUGCUGUUGGCAGCCUACUAGUCUACUCAACGGCUACUCUGAUGUAAGACAUUCAAUUACGCAAGAGUGCGGCGAAUAUGCCUCUGGCGCUAAAGCGAUGUGGGAGCAUGUUGUGGGAGUGCAUCUGAAAAUUCCACGUGAUGAGUCGGGCAGAUGGUUGCUCGAGCAAAAACCAGACAUCGAUAUGGAAAACGGUAGCGCGACGAACUCUGCGAAGCCCACAAAGUACUUCUGCCACUGGGGUGGAUGCGCACGAUUCAAUCCUUCAGGCACCGAUUCAGCUUUCGAAGCCGGUCAGCAUGUGAAGACUCAUCUUCCUGACACGAGCCUUCUACAUGCUAUACAUGCAAAGCACAACCGAACACCCUCAAUGUCCACGUCAUUCGGCGCGGCUCACCAAGCAAGGACUGAACCUCAGACGCCUCAAUUCGGUCAACCGGUCGGACUGGGCAGCUUGGGUAUGAGCACCCGUCAUCAGGAUUAUGACGAACGCAACGGUUCGCAGUCCACUUCUCUAGUACCACCGCAACAGUCGAUUACCAACUUUCGCUACUAUAACACCGCGGUCGAUGAAACAAACCACAACGAUGCUGCAGGUCUUCCACUCGCCUCUGUUCUUGUUCUACGCAAUCUUGCCCGCCAAUUAGGGAAACUUCCACCUCCUCCUACAACCCACGAAAUCACUGAGUCACUUACAUCUAAACGAAAGUUUAGCGAAUCGAAUUCUGAACAUCAACGUAGUACAGGCGCGAAGAAACCACGACUCAGCGAUGCGGCCAAGGAGACAGAAGAGGACGCCGAGAGUGAGGAGCAGGAAAGGCAGGAAGCAGCAAAAUUAGGAUGGGUGCCACGAGUAUUUGGACCCGUAAAGGAUCAGCUUGGCUUCGUAAUGUCACACAACCUGACCUUGAGGAAUUACAUGGGCGCACUUUUCAAAGCCGUGUAUGAAGGCGGUGCAUGA